ACUGCGCAUGUUACAUGACAGGUGCAUGCGAGCCUCCAUCUUGGGCAUCCCAGGCUGAGGCGAGCGGGCAGCGAGGAUCCAGCCACGCUGAUCCAGCCACACCAGGGAGCGGGCGUGGAGGCAGAGCAUGGCACUGAGCCAAAUGAAACUUUUCCCUGUGAGCUCUCUCAACAAAAUGUUCUCCUGAAGCGAGCGGAGCAGCAUGAUGGAGAGGAAGAACGGCGGCUGCUCUGGACUCCUGUGAUAACGAGGAUCUGCUCAGUCAGCUCUGCUGCUCCUGGCUUUGUGAGGAUUUGACAGGUGAAAAAGGCAAAAGUCUCAUUUGGACCCAGAAUGGCUGUCAGGAAGUUUGCCAUCUUUCUUCUAGUCCUUUCUCUUUGUCUGGAUGGAGGAUCUGCCAAAGAAAAAGGAGCUAAAAAAGGAAAGAAGAAGGGGAAGCAAGUGUACUGUCCAUCGCAGCUGUCAUCUGAGGAUCUGGCUCGAGUUCCUGCAAAUUCAACCAGUAACAUCUUGAACAGGUUACUGAUCACUUAUGAUCCCAGGAUAAGGCCCAACUUCAAGGGAAUUCCUGUGGAGGACAGAGUGAACAUUUUCAUCAACAGCUUCGGCUCAAUCCAGGAAACCACCAUGGACUACAGAGUCAACAUCUUCCUGCGUCAGCGCUGGAACGAUCCGCGGCUCAAGCUGCCAGACGACUUCAAAUCCGAUUCUCUCACUGUCGAUCCCAAAAUGUUCAAAUGUCUCUGGAAGCCUGACCUGUUCUUUGCUAACGAGAAGAGCGCUAACUUUCAUGACGUCACACAGGAAAACAUCCUCCUCUUCAUCUUCCGCAAUGGAGAUGUCCUAAUCAGUAUGAGGUUGUCUGUCACUCUCUCCUGUCCUCUGGAUCUGACCUUGUUUCCAAUGGACACACAGAGGUGCAAAAUGCAACUGGAAAGCUUCGGAUACACGACGGAUGACCUGCAGUUUAUGUGGCAGACAGAAGAUCCUGUGCAAAUGGACGCCAUCGCUCUGCCGCAGUUUGACAUCAGACAAGAAGAUAUCGAUUAUGGAAACUGCACUAAGUUCUAUGAGGGAACAGGGUACUACACCUGUGUGGAGGUCAUUUUCACCCUGCGCCGUCAGGUUGGCUUCUACAUGAUGGGUGUUUAUGCCCCUACGCUGCUCAUUGUGGUUCUUUCAUGGCUGUCUUUCUGGAUCAACCCUGAUGCGAGUGCUGCCAGGGUUCCUCUGGGUAUCCUCUCUGUGCUCUCUCUGUCUUCUGAGUGCACCUCCUUGGCUUCAGAGCUGCCCAAAGUGUCUUAUGUCAAAGCCAUUGACAUCUGGCUGAUUGCUUGUUUGCUGUUUGGCUUUGCCUCAUUGGUGGAGUAUGCUGUAGUUCAAGUGAUGCUGAACAGUCCGAAGCGCAUUGAGGCAGAGAAGGCCAAGAUCGCUUCCAAGCAGAAGGCUGCCGGAAAAAGCCCUGCUGCCAGGAACAACACCGUCAACGGGACUGGAGGGACACCGCUUCACGCCAGCACCUUGCAUGUGGCGGAGACCCGGUGCAAGAAGGUGUGCACGUCUAAAUCGGACCUGAGGACCAAUGACUUCAGCAUCGUGGGCUCGCUGCCUCGGGACUUUGAACUGUCAAACUUUGACUGCUAUGGGAAGCCUAUUAAUACUGGCAGUGGUCUGGGAAAAUCCCAGUCAAAGAACAAGAAACCGCCCCCCCCAAAACCUGUCAUUCCAUCCGCUGCCAAAAGAAUUGACCUGUACUCCAGAGCUCUCUUCCCUUUCUCCUUCCUCUUCUUUAAUGUGAUUUAUUGGUCUGUAUACUUGUGAUUAUCUUGCAUUACUGUACCUCCUACCCACUUUAGCUGCAUAUAAAGCAUUCCAGCUCACAACAGAGAAAUGUGAACCUCCUCCAAAGAGAAUUACUGAGUAGAAAGCAUUAUAAAUGUAUUCUGCAUAAAUCUUUACAGAAAAACAAAUCUAUUUCUAUACCAAGCAGCUCAGCGUUUCUUAUCUUUAUAAAACUUCAUAUGGAGAAUCUUAUACUGAAAUACUUGAUUUAUCAAUGGUGGAUCCUGAGAGAAGGACAGGAUUGCAGAAACAAAGCAGAGUGUAAGAACAGAACCGAAGGUGCAGAUGUUAUCAACCUUUCAUAUGUAUUAAUGCAAAGUGGGAUAUUGUUAUUACAUUGCAUGUUAAAAUAUUGCAUGUAUAUAAGGAUACAAAUAAAGACAUAUAUGCCUAUACCAGAUGUUUACUAAAUUUUUCAUUUCCUAUGAUUUUCUGUAGAAAAGAUGUAUGGAUACCUGAAACACUCCUGUUCCUGUCCAGAUGGUCAUGUGACACUGCCACUCCCUCAACAAAUGUAUGCCCUUGUCGUUGCUGUGUAAAAUGGCUCUUCGGUGAGCAGUGAUGUGUUUUUGUGAAACUUGCAAGCAAAGAGACAUAAACGAUGAAAGGAGUUUUCACCAUUUGAUGUGAAUAAAAAAGAACACAAAGGUU